CUGGAGCUCUUGUGUUGUCAGGCAGAAAGUCUGUCGGCACACCAGCGAGCACCCGGGCGGCGAGUGUCCUGAUUCACGGGAACCCCUACUUUCAUUUCCAUCGACCGGAAUCAAAAAUAAGCUUUUCUAUUUUUAUCUUUUGUACCGUAUUUAUCCUCAGCGAUAUUUUUUGCUCCGUCUUGAAACAAUGUCGGUGGGAGUAGAGUCUGGAUUCUCGAGUGAGGAGGUCUUGAGCAGCCGUUUUCCUCUCCACCGGGCAUGUAGGGAUGGAGACGUCGGUGCCUUGUGUUCGCUUCUCCAGUGCUCCUCAAACCCGGCGGACCUCGCUGUGGAGGACACAUUCUACGGCUGGACGCCCAUACACUGGGCCUCUCACUUUGGGAAGUUGGAGUGUGUGUUGCGUCUGGUUCAGGUGGGCUCCGGCGUGAAUGCCGUGACCUCCAGGUUUGCACAGACGCCCACUCACAUUGCUGCAUUUGGGGGCCACCCUGAGUGUUUGUUAUGGCUGCUCCAAGCUGGUGCAGAUAUUAACAGACAGGACUAUGUGGGCGAGACGCCCAUCCACAAGGCUGCUCGUGCGGGCAGUCUAGAGUGUAUCAACGCUCUCUUGAUUCAGGGAGCGAAAGCUGAUAUGAGGAAUGCCAGUGGGCUGACUGCUGCUGACCUGGCCCACGCCCAGGGAUUCCGGGAGUGCGCUGAGAUUCUCUCUAAUGCCCAGAACUUCCAACAAAACAUGGCUCAGUCCCGUAAUGGGGCUUUUCUGAAUGGCAUGACCCAGAAUGGGGGCCACACUUACCCCACCAUCCAGGGACGCAGCUUCUUAAAUGGCAUGCCCAACAGAAAGAGGUCAUUCGAUGGCAUGGAAUUAAACCCAGUGAAGAAACCGAGACCUGACGGUCUGGGCAUGCCACCACAAUAUGUGAAUGGCUAUGGGCCACUGGGUGGUGCCGCAGAGACCCGCAUGGAGAGCAUGGAGUUGACAGCGACUGUAACCACAGUGAAAGAUGAAAGACUCAGUGGGGAUCUUUGCUCAAAUUGUCACAAUGAACCACAGUUUCCAUUUGGACAUGACCCAGCAGCAGAGAUCCUCCACGAUCAACACAUCUACAGUGACUCACCUGAGAUCAACUGCACUGCAGGCAGCCAGGUGGAGCAUCAGAGGACUGUGAAGGCAGAGCAGUUGUACACUGAUGCUCUCCUCAGCACCAUGCUUCUUUACCACAGAUCGUAAAUCUUAAAAGAGCGAGCUGACAUGUCCUCUUUCCCUUUUUUCCCUCCACACUUAAACCUAAAUAUACAUACAGUUGCCUUAUUGAAGCCAUUAAAUUGUUCAGUGUAUCAUUGACUAAUUGAGUUUUUGUUGUAAAAGGCAAUGUGUAACUGAUAAUGUUGAUUAAGAAGUAGGUUUUGUAUGUUUAGCUUUUUGAUAUUUGAUUAGGCUGUAACUGUAUUGGCUCUUGGCAUUAAAUACAAUGCAAGUACUGUGCAUUAUACUUGAGCCCAUGUAUUGACAUUGUAAAGGUUUGAAAAGCUGCUUAAUUCUAUUGUUGACCAAUCCAUGUGUACAGAUGACUGAAAAUAUUUCAUUUAUAUGAAAUAAACCACCAGCUUUCUAA